CGAGGCCCCGCGGCCAUGAAGCUGCUGCGGCUGCUGUGCCGCCACAAGACGGCCCUGGGCCUGGGCGGCCUGUCCCUCUUCGCCGUGGUCCUUCUUUACCUGGCCAAGUGCACCUCCGAGGGCCUCCGGCCUCUGCCGGUCCCCCGCGGGCUCCCGCACAACCAACCUGCGGCCCUGCCGCCGCGGGGUGCCAGGGGGCCGCAUCCCCCGGCAGCCCCGCCACCUUCUCCUGAGGAGACCGCUUUCCUGGCCGUCCUCAUUACCAGCGGCCCCAAGUACAGCGAGCGUCGCAGCAUCAUCCGCAGCACGUGGCUGUCGGCCGCCGGGCGUCCCCCCCACGAUGACGUCUGGAGCCGCUUCGUGAUCGGCACGGGUGGGCUCGGGGCAGAGGAGCUUCGUAGCCUGGAGCUAGAGCAGAGCCGGCACAAAGACCUCCUCCUCCUGCCAGAGCUGCGGGAUUCCUACGAGAACCUGACCGCAAAAGUCCUGGCCACCUACGUCUGGCUGGAUCUGCACCUGGACUUCCAGUUCGCCCUGAAGGCUGAUGACGAUACCUUCGUACGCUUGGAUGUGCUCGUGGAAGAGCUGAGAGCCAAGGAGCCGCGUCGCCUCUACUGGGGCUUCUUUUCCGGCCGCGGCCGAGUGAAAUCUGGUGGCAAGUGGAAAGAGAGCGCCUGGGUGCUCUGUGACUACUAUCUACCGUACGCGCUGGGUGGCGGUUAUGUGAUUUCUGCAGACCUGGUGCGCUAUUUGCGUCUUAGCAGAGACUACCUGAACAUGUGGCAGAGUGAAGAUGUCUCCCUGGGGGUGUGGCUGGCUCCCAUUGAUGUGAAGAGAGUGCACGACCCUCGUUUUGACACUGAGUAUAAGUCACGAGGUUGCAACAAUAAGUACAUAGUAACUCAUAAGCAAAGCAUCGAGGACAUGCUGGAAAAGCACCAGACCCUGGCUAAAGAAGGAAAGCUCUGUAAGGAGGAGGUUAAGCUCAGGCUUUCCUACAUGUAUGACUGGGGAGUGCCUCCUUCACAAUGUUGCCAGAGGAAGGAUGGCAUCCCGUGAAAGUCUGAGGAAGGAAAAGGCAGAAUAUCGAUGGACACUCUGAGCUUGGUUACUGUUCCUCGGGGAGAAUCCCAGUAACUAGGGCUUAAAAAUUACUCAAAAGAUUUUGCACGAUUCAUUAUGUCACAAUCAAUGAAAUCCUGAAACUUCUAAGAGCUACUGAUGUGGCAUGAUGUAGAGAUGUUUUAAAAAAAAAAUAUGACAAAAAGCAUGGAAAGGCUCAUACAACAGGAUUGAAGGCAAAUAAUAGGUUGAAAAAUGUGGAUAGUACAGAAAUUUGGGGGAGAUAACUUGAAUGAAGAGUUACUGGAAGAUUUUUAACAGAUUCUAAGAUUUAUUUGCUAAAGAUCAUGACAGGCCUUUAUGCUAUCUAUAAGAUUGUGAAACUAGCAUCUGCUGUUUAUUUCUUGGCUAGGAAGAAGUGUCAGUUUGGCAAGGUUUGAAGAUUUUAAUGGGGCUGCAAAUCAGCUGCUGUUGCCAGUGGGAACAGGUGGCUGGUUACUGACACAAGCAGUCAAGUAAAGGGAACAAUUUUACCUAGGGUAUUUGUGUUAGGGGAGGGAGAGAGCCUGUUCUUUGGCAAGUGCUCCGAUUUACAAGAAUGGAAUUAUUAGACCUUCUGUGUAACUUGUCUGUGAGCUUUUUGUUGUUUUAAAGACAUCAUGUACAUAAAUUAUCUGGCAGCUACGGAGUAAGUCUAUAUUUAGAAAGGUGGAUGAGUUACGGUAUUUGGCAGAUAUAGAAUAUAUUAUCUUAUUUGGGGGGCAAAUAGUUACGUGGCAAAGCUAGCCUUCAGUUGUUAGGCAUAGGUGUUGUUCUUAGUUUAUCCUCCAAAUACACUGUGUAUGAAGAAACAUUUCCCCUCCUGACAGUAAGUAAUCUGACUACUACAAGGUCAGAUGUUGUAGGCUUCAGACUUAGAUUGUUCUGGAUUACUUCUGUAAAAUGUAAAUUGGCAGGAUUAGAUCGGCAGAAGCUAUUUGGAGUUCAAACAAGAUUGCCCUAACAUGGGUACCUCAGCUAAGAAAGUAAACUCUGUAUUGUAGUCAAGAGAAAUAGGUUCCCCCACCCCCCAAAUUCCUCUUUGAGGAGAACCUUGUCUCUCUUUUCAGGAGAUACAUUGCAAUCUAAGGGGACUAAUCCCACAACAGUCACAUUUAGAUGCCUGAAGCUAGACUGUGUGAAUUCCCUCCUCUCCAAUAGCACAUUUUAGUGGAACUAAAAAUAAUUUUACAGGUGGUCUAGGUUAAUUGCUCAAGUGAUAUGUCAGUAAAUGGGAUUAUGUUCCUAAAUCCUGUCUACACUACAAAUAAUUCUAGUACUGACAGAGCUUGUCAGCAUCAGAUGCAGUAUUGAAGAGUAAAUACAGACAGGACAGUCUUGGCUGUAGAAGAGAUCACUUACACAAUUUCACCAUGUUAGUUAUCUUCAAACCUUUACGUAAGCCUGUAAUUCAAACAUCUUUGAAUGGCAGGUGCUCUCAUACACAGAAAUACCUUUUUUUUUUUCAGUACUACUACAGAGCUACUGACUUCCAGUAACCUUUGUCAGCUACACAUCUUUCAGUAUAAGCAGAGUUUUUACUUUAUGCCUGAAGGGCAUUCUUAAUUAUCAGUUUUACUGUUUGUUGCACACUGCACUUUCAUACAAUUUAAUUUCUUCCUCUGCCUAAGUCAGUGUCUGUUCCCACCUGCAGGAAGAGAAAAAUUGCAAAAAAAAAAAAAAAGGGAGGGGUGCCAAUGUGUCUGUAUUUUUCCUUCUUAAAUUAGCAAGUUUGCAGUUCAUACCAAAGGAAUCAACUAUGGGGGUUUUUUUGUUAUUUUUCUCUUGUUUUGAUUAAAUUAUUGAGGAUUAAGAAAAGUCUUCUGCAGAGAAUGAUAAUUCUCUAUUUUGAAAAUUUGAACAAAUCUUUUACUUCCUUCUAAAACAAAUUAAGAUACUGAAAAAAAGUUAUUUUAGCAUGUGUCCAUUCUAAUGCAUGCUUAUGCGUUGACAGAUAGGCAGAUGUGCUUUUCAGCAAGGUAUACUAUUCUAAAACAAGAAUUUAACAAGAUUACAGGAAAUUUAAAUUGGUUUUAGCAUUUAAAAAAUAUCUAUUUGCCAUUUGGGGUUCACUAGUAUUGUGUGUAUAUAUGUGAUUAAAUGCUUGUAAUGUGAGUAUUUAUUUAUAAUUAUUGAAAAUGUAUUAUGUAUAGGAAAAAUGAGAUAGUUAAAUGUCAUUUUAAAUUUGUUUAAGGAGGUACUGUAAUGUCCACGAGAAUUACAUAUCAAACAGUGCUUGAAUUUCUUGGUGUACAAGCCAUUACUUAAAGUACUGUGAUCUGAGCUGCAGAUCAAAAGUCUGUUGCAUGUCUCUCAAGCUAGUAAGAAUGUACUGUUUAUCCAUUUCUAUCAAUAACUGUGUUCAUGGAAGUUGUUUACAUUGUUG